AUUAUCAUCUACUUUGUGUGGCCAUGCAAACUCUUCAGUCUUCACCCUUUCCCAUUCUCCACUCCUGCCUUCUUCCAUGGCCACCACUCCUUCUCACCUCACCUCUUCUUUGCCUCAAAAUUACUCCUUUAACCCUCCCCGUAUCCCUGUUUCCCGCCGCCACCCGCUGCAGCAUCGUAUCAAUUACCACCCUGCAUUGCCUGCAAAAGACCAGUUUGCCUCUCUAUGGACUGCAAAAUCUCGACCCAUUAUUAGGUGUAAGGCGACAGAAGUGUCGGUGAGUGAGGGAUCUCCGAUUUCCGGUGGCGAUGGCGAAAAUUGGGUUCCGGUGGUCCCGCUGGCGGCACUUCCGAAAGGUGAAAGGCGGGUAAUUCUCCAGGAUGGAGAGACGAUACUGUUGCUUUGGUAUAAAGAUGAGGUUUUUGCUAUUGAGAAUAGGUCUCCAGCUGAAGGAGCUUAUACUGAAGGACUCCUUAAUGCUAAGCUGACCCAGGAUGGUUGUAUAGUUUGCCCGACGACUGAUAGCACAUUUGAUCUUCGAACUGGAGCUAUCAAAGAAUGGUAUCCAAAAAAUCCUGUGCUGAGAGUUCUUACGCCUGCUUUGAGAACACUCUACGUAUUUCCUGUAAAAACUGAUGAAGAAAAUAUUUACAUCAGCUUGAGAGGAGGUAAAAAAGCUGAUGCAUCAGCCGAAAUAGUGUUUAGUGGGAAGGCUCAACCUGGUUUGACUGCAAGUGAUGUCAAUGUGGAUGAGGUGAGAAUGGUAAUUGACGAGGAUUCAGAGGCAUUUGGCUUCACCGGCAAGAAUGAAUUGAUAAAUGGGAAAGCAGCAGUAAUUGGCUUCUUGUUGUUAUUAGAUUUUGAGCUCUUGACUGGGAAAGGUCUCCUCAAGGGAACAGGCUUCUUAGACUUUUUAUAUGCUGUAUCUGAUGCUUUCAAAUAGACACCAUUGCUUCUUUGGAGGGUGAGAAGAAUCUUGGUUUCAUAGGAAGGUAAAUUUUCUAUUUACUCACAGCACAUUUGGAUGUAUAAUCUUUUUUUUUUUUCCUUUCUUUUUAUGUGUUUUUUAAUUUUCUUUUUAUGUUAUUGUAUAUCGUUCACAAAAAUCAUGGUCAUAUUUUGAUUUGCAUAUAUUUAACCAAUCUGGAAAAUAAAUACUGAAUUUUCAAA